AUGCCGGGGUUACACAAUCAUCUUAUCUCUAGGAUUGAUGUGCAUUUCCGGGAUUUGUUUUGUACCAUUUAUUCAGUGAACAACUUAAAGUUUCAGUUAUUACCAAAUCCAGAUAAGAAAAAUAAAAAUUUUCACUCAACCACAAUAAACUUUUUUUUUAUCAAUUCAAAACCUCUUGAAGUUACAACAUAA